ACGCCCACACACACAUAACAUGUGCACACAUGCUUACUGACGCCACACACACACACACACACUCACCACAUACGCUGCUGCUCCACAUAUGCUGCUGCUACAGCUCAGUCUUAUCGAUCCUGUCGUGACUUUACCCCUACCUAUAUGCACAUAGCUACCUCAAUUACCUCCGUACCCCUGCACAUCAACUCGAUACUGGUACUCCCUCUAUAUAGACAUGUCAUUUUUACUUGUUAUUGUUAUUUGUUCACUAUGUAUUUAUUACCUGUGUUACAAUUUCUAUUUAUUUUUGAUUUUUUUGUCUUUAACUCUGGAUUUUUGGAAAAUAAUUUGCAAGUAACUAUUUCACUGGUAGUCUACACCUGUUGUUCACAAAGCAUGUGGCAAAUAAAAUUACAUUUUGAUUCGACAUAAGACUUCAGGUACAGUGGGCGUUUUUCUUUACAACCACUGAUAAUUCAUUGCAUUUUGUCAAAGUCACAGAUGUUUUGUCUUAUUUUACUGGCAGCACAAUUCAGUCCCAUAAAUGUGAUGUUAAUGUGGCUAAAAUAUUAUUAAUGUGGCUAAAUUAAGAUUAUUGACUCUUUCACUUAAUCAUGAAUUGAUGGUCUUUGUUAAAAAUUGCAUUCAUGUAUGUUUUGCUUUUGCAGCCAUUGCCUAAGGUAUGUCUUAUGAUAGGAAAAAUCUCUAUCUUUCUGUCAUUCCCACAUGUGGGGACAUUAUAAUGUUGGUGUCUAUGCGCUGCAUAUAGAUACUGAUUGUGUGUGUGCAUGCGUGUGUGUGUGUGUGUGUGUGCGCUAGGAGGGAGGCUCAGGCAGAUAUGUGUUAGCUAAUGCUGUCUGAGAGCAGCUGGGCAGGGCUAAUAAAUGAACAAUAACACAAUGACAUCACCCAGAGAGAGAGAGAGUGGGGGUGCGUGCAAGCGAGCCAGAGCAAGGGAGAAGCUCAGAUGCAGAGAGGCAGGAGAGAGAGAGAGAGAGCGUGUGUGAGUGGGAGAGCACUGGACAGUACUCACUCAACAUUGACAGGGGAUACAGCUCUUUCCAGAAGAUUUUGCAGAUUUUUUCCCCCCCUCUCUUCCAUUGCACCUCUCCCCCUCCCCCUUUCCCCUUCCCCUCAUCCUCUGUCAACCCCUCUCAGCCUUUGCUUCAGGCUGCUCCUCCGGGCAUGCUACUUAAGCCAAAGUAUGGCCGCUUUCGCAACGCCUCUGUGACCUCCUCCGACGACCUGAUGCAGAGCUUAGCCAUGAGCGGCAAAGUGGUGGCCACCCCUGUGGUCCUCUCCUCCGCCCCCAGCCUGCCGCUGCCCCCCCUGCCUCCUCUGGAGUCCAUCCCCGGGUCCUCCUCCGCAGCCCCGGCCCUAGCCGACUCCCCCUGCCUGGACGGGGAGCAGGACGCCACCACCACUUUCUGCAUGCUCAUCCCCAGGAUGCCUCAGUGGAAGUUCUCCAACACUCUGCUGAGCAGGAGCCCCUCCAACUCCAGCUCCAGCUCCAGCUCCAGCUCAAGCAAGGACUCCGGCAAGACUGCAGCCCCCUCAUCGCAGGGCUCGCACGGCCCCAGUGGCCCUUCGGCCCCCAGUGGUCCCGUGGCAAGUCUGGCUGCUGUUUUGAACUCCUGUGACCCUGUGUGUGUCACCCCCUGUUCCCUACAGGCCAUCAGCAGGCAGAGAUCUGCAAUGCGCUCAGCCAGUCCAGGGGGCCAUGGAGCAGGGGCUGCAGAGGGCACAGGGAGCCUUGGGGGCCACAACGGCUUCAGGACAGGGAUGAACCGCAGGACCAGGGUGGAGGGCAUGUGGCUGGGAGGGGAGGACUUCAACCAGAAGGGCAGCUUCAUCCACAAGCCCUCCCAGGGUUGGCUGCACCCAGACAAGAAUAUCACAGGCCCUGGGGCCUCCUACAUUGUAAGGUACAUGGGCUGCAUUGAGGUGUUGAAGUCGAUGCGAUCGCUGGACUUCAACACUCGGACCCAGGUGACGAGGGAGGCCAUCAACAGACUGUGUGAAGCUGUGCCUGGGAGUAAGGGGGCCUGGAGGAAGAAGAACAUUAACAAGGCCCUGCAGACCAUCAUGGGGAAGAGUAACCUGCGCUUCGCUGGUAUGGGCAUCGCUGUCAACAUCUCUAUAGAGGGCCUCAACCUGCUCAUCCCCACGACACGACAGGUGAUAGCACACCAUCCCAUGGAGUCCAUCUCCUUUGCCUCUGGGGGAGACACGGACACGCCGGAUUAUGUUGCUUAUGUGGCCAAAGAUCCAGUCAAUCAGAGAGCAUGCCAUAUCCUGGAGUGUGGUGACGGUCUAGCCCAGAAUGUCAUCAGUACCAUCGGCCAGGCCUUUGAACUGCAGUUUAAACAGUACCUCCACAGCCCUCCCAAAGCCAUCCCUACCAUGGAGAGGAACAUCAGGACAGAGGACUCGGCGUGGGGUGAUGACGAGGACUCCUCGGAGCAUGACUACUACAACAGCAUCCCAGGGAAGGAGCCUCCUGUUGGAGGAGUGGUGGACUCGAGGCUGAGGCCUUGUACGGCCUUGCUGGGCCACGUCCACAGCCAACCACAGAGCAAGGCAGCGCAGAUCGGUUCUCCGGCCAGGAGAGACACGAUGUCCUACCCCUCAGGUCAGCUGUGCUACGAGCUUCACUGGGACACUGAGAACAACGGCAGCUCAGGUCUGACAUCAGAUGGGUACCUGCGGGCAGACGGCCAUCCCCCGGGUAGUAGGGACUAUGAAGAGCACCUGUAUGUGAACACCCAGAGUCUGGAGGGCCUGGAGCAGGGACCAGAGGGCCAUAGGGGGGCCAGACAGCCAGACAGCCCCAAGAAAGACAUAUUUGACAUGAAACCCUUUGAGGAUGCUCUGAAGAUGCACGAGGCCGGUGGUAACGGUGGGGUGUGUGUGCUGGAGGACCAGUGGCCCAGUCCGCCCCGGCGUCGUGCCCCUGUCGCCCCCACAGAGGAGCAGCUUCGGCGGGAGUCCUGGUACCAUGGCCGUAUGAGCCGCCGGGACGCUGAGAAACUGCUGGUCCGAGACGGGGACUUCCUUGUACGAGACAGUGCCACCAACCCAGGCCAGUACGUCCUGACAGGCAUGCACUGCGGUCUGCCCAAACACCUGCUACUGGUCGACCCAGAGGGAAUGCCCACUCCUCCUCGUCACUGCCAGGUACGAACCAAAGACAUGCUGUUUGAGAGUAUCAGUCACCUGAUCAGCUACCACCUGAAGAACGAGCUGCCCAUCGUGGCAGCCGAGAGCGAGCUGCACCUCAAACAGGUGGUCCGGAGGAAAGAGGGGACAGCGUUCUGGAAUGGAGUCAGAGGUGUGUCCAUAUAACCCCAGGGAGGAAGAUCUUCACUUUGUCAUAUCCCCAAAAUCAGAGCUUUCGCAGGGGUAGGAGGACACAGGCAACUCCUCUGUCCAGGACCCAAGGGCAUGGCUGCAGUACCUGGUUGCCUCCGACAGUGCCGACAAACUCCACCUGAACUCUCAGUAUACAGUCAUUAAGCUAACCGAUGCCUCGGAACAGCUCAGCCAAUCACAAGGAUGGAAUGUGAGGUCACAGUCACAUACAGUAGUUGUUCCAUAGGAGUGCAUGAUGAUGUAUGCACCUCAUACUGCUGAUGUCAUAAGCAGUCCCAGAAUGAUUUGGGUUCCCUGUGUCUUUAAACGGACAAAUGUGAACAUUGUAUAUGAUAUGUGAGAAACUCCUGGCAGCAAAAUAUCACAUUUUUUAUUAGAAUGCAGUUCUUUGCUACUCAGACAUUGGGAUGCUUUAAUGGACUUUUAUAAACUGUUCAUCUGCAGCAGUAGCACCUGCACCUUCAUGAUUUAUUCAUAUGUAAUCUCAGGACCUAAUUCUGAAGGCGUUAAAUAUCUGAUCGCAUGAAUUGAAAUAUGCUUCAGAGAUACAGUACUAACCAGACACCAACCUUGAAAAUGUGUGUCUAUCUGUCCCAUCAAUAUCCACAGGAAGUCUGCAUAACACAACAUUGGGAAUAUACAGUUGGCCAAAAUACAUGGGUAGAACUCCAAAUAUCAUUGUGUUCAAUAAUAGCCAUAUUCUUGUCAAAGUGUUUGUAUGGGACAGUCAUAGCUCGUCAGUGAAUACCUACCCAAGUUGUGUGUUACCAUGCCUACUGUGUGAAGAUAUCACACUGGUCAGAGCCUGUGCUCUCAGAAGGCAGACUACAUUACUACAAAUGACUCAGUGUAAAGAUAAUUAAGACCCAUAAAAUAGUUCAGUGCCUUAAUACUUGGUGUUUCAUAUCUUUCCUCCCAAAUCACUUGUGCAGUAUCAUACAUUCUAUAUAUACAGUGGGGCAACAAAUAUUUAGUCAGACACCAAUUGUGCAAGUUCUCCCACUUAAAAAGAUGAGAGAGGCCUGUAAAUUUCAUCAUAGGUACACUUCAACUAUGACAGACAAAAUGAGAAAAACAAAUCCAGAAAAUCACAUUGUAGGAUUUUUAAUGAAUUUAUUUGCAAAUUAUGGUGGAAAAUAAGUAUUUGGUCACCUACAAACAAGCAAGAUUUCUGGCUCUCACAGACUUCUUCUUUAAGAGACUCCUCUGUCCUCCACUCGUUACCUGUAUUAAUGGCACCUGUUUGAACUUGUUAUCAGUAUAAAAGACACCUGUCCACAACCUCAAACAGCCAUACUCCAAACUCCACUAUGGCCAAGACCAAAGAGCUGUCAAAGGACACCAGAAACAAAAUUGUAGACCUGCACCAGGCUGGGAAGACACAAUCUGCAAUAGGUAAGCAGCUUGAAUUGAAGAAAUCAACUGUGGGAGCAAUUAUUAGGAAAUGGAAGACAUACAAGACCACUGAUAAUCUCCCUCGAUCUGGGGCUCCACGCAAGAUCUCACCCCGUGGGGUCAAAAUGAUCACAAGUACGGUGAGCAAAAAUCCCAGAACCACACGGGGGGACCUAGUGAAUGACCUGCAGAGAGCUGGGACCAAAGUAACAAAGCCUACCAUCAGUAACACACUACGCCACCAGGGACUCAAAUCCUGCAGUGCCAGACGUGUCCCCCUGCUUAAGCCAGUACAUGUCCAGGCCCGUCUGAAGUUUGCUAGAGAGCAUUUGGAUGAUCCAGAAGAAGAUUGGGAGAAUGUCAUAUGGUCAGAUGAAACCAAAAUAUAACUUUUUGGUAAAAACUCAACUUGUCAUGUUUGGAGGACAAAGAAUGCUGAGUUGCAUCCAAAGAACACCAUACCUACUGUGAAACAUGGGGGUGGAAACAUCAUGCUUUUGGGCUGUUUUUCUGCAAAGGGACCAGGACGACUGAUCUGUGUAAAGGAAAGAAUGAAUGGGGCCAUGUAUCGUGAGAUUUUGAGUGAAAACCUCCUUCCAUCAGCAAGGGCAUUGGAGGUGAAACGUGGCUGGGUUUCUCAGCAUGACAAUGAUCCCAAACACAUUGCCCGGGCAACAAAGGAGUGGCUUCGUAAGAAGCAUUUCAAGGUCCUGGAGUGGCCUAGCCCGUCUCCAGAUCUCAACCCCAUAGAAAAUCUUUGGAGGAUGUUGAAAGUCCGUGUUGCCCAGCAACAGCCCCAAAACAUUACUGCUCUAGAUGAGAUCUGCAUAGAGGAAUGGGCCAAAAUACCAGCAACAGUGUGUGAAAACCUUGUGAAGACUUACAGAAAACGUUUGACCUCUGUCAAUGCCAACAAAGGGUAUAUAACAAAGUAUUGAGAUAAACUUUUGUUAUUGACCAAAUACUUAUUUCCCACUAUAAUUUGCAAAUAAAUUCAUUAAAAAACCUACAAUGUGAUUUUCUCCCCUAAUUUUGUCUGUCAUAGUUGAAGUGUACUUAUGAUGAAAAUUACAGGCCUCUCAUCUUUUUAAGUGGGAGAACUUGCACAAUUGGUGGCUGACUAAAUACUUUUUUUGCCCCACUGUACCACAGCAGAAGACAGUAGUGUGUGCUGCAUCUAUGUAUACCCCGAGAGCAAAUGGCUCAUUUUCUUGCCAUGCCAAAUCACACUUUAAUCAAUGAAUGGAGUGGACUGAAAGUCAAAUCAUCCUUUUUAUUGUGACACUUUCUAUAAGCUGCUGAUGUAUGGGAGAGGGGGGGGGGUGUAAAUACUGUAGAACAUCCCAUAGUGUGUUCUGAUUGGCUGUCCUCGUUUGCUUCCUAUUCUAUUGUACCAGUCCUCCAAUCAAUAAUCUUCAUGAGCAUAGGCCCUUAUUGAUUUGAUCACCAUCCUGUGUUGUUAAAUGGCAACAUGUUUUAUCAAUAGAUAAGGGAUGUCCUGGUAUUUGCUGUGUCUUUGUCCCAGUCCAGGCACAGGGAGACAGAGGACAUGGCUUUCUGUGAUGUUAGUGUACUUUACUACAGUAUGCAACUUUUCCAAAUGACCCCUUUGCUUUAUCAGGCCUUUCUUGUAUCUACUCUUCUUUGAACUAAAUACUUUUUUUUUUCAAUAAAAUUUGUCAAAAUGAAGGUUA